GGCUCGGCUGCCCCGGCCUCCCCCAGCGGCGCGGCCGUGGCCAAUGGGCGGGUGAGUAGGGCGGCCGGAGCCUCCCCGAGCCAGGCGCGCCCCCCUCGGCGGGGAGGGGACAGCGGCGCCGCGAGCCCCCAUCGCCCGGCCGCUCGGUGCCUCCCUCUGCUCCGGACCAUGGCGCACGGUGGCCGCGGCCGCCUGGGGCUCGCCCUGGGGCUGCUGCUGGCGCUGGUGCUGGCGCUGCGGGCCAAGCCCACCGUGCGUAAGGAGCGCGUGGUGCGGCCCGACUCGGAACUGGGCGAGCGGCCGCCCGAGGACAACCAGAGCUUCCAGUACGACCACGAGGCCUUCCUGGGCAAGGAGGACUCCAAGACCUUCGAUCAGCUCACCCCGGACGAGAGCAAGGAGAGGCUGGGAAAGAUUGUUGAUCGAAUUGACAAUGAUGGAGAUGGCUUUGUCAGCACUGAGGAGCUGAAAGUUUGGAUCAAAAGGGUACAGAAAAGAUACAUCUAUGAUAAUGUCGCCAAAGUCUGGAAGGAUUACGAUAGAGACAAAGACGACAAGAUUUCCUGGGAAGAAUACAAGCAGGCCACCUAUGGCUACUACCUAGGAAACCCCGCAGAGUUCCAAGAUAGUUCUGAUCAUCACACCUUUAAGAAGAUGCUGCCACGUGAUGAGAGAAGGUUCAAGGCUGCAGACAUAGAUGGAGACCUGACAGCCACUCGGGAGGAAUUCACUGCCUUUCUGCACCCAGAGGAGUUUGAACAUAUGAAGGAGAUUGUGGUUUUGGAAACACUGGAGGACAUUGACAAGAAUGGGGACGGGUUUGUGGACCAGGACGAGUACAUUGCCGAUAUGUUUUCCCACGAGGACAAUGGCCCUGAGCCAGAUUGGGUUUUGUCAGAACGGGAGCAGUUCAAUGAUUUCCGGGAUCUGAACAAAGAUGGGAAGCUAGACCAGGAUGAGAUUCGCCACUGGAUCCUCCCUCAGGAUUAUGACCAUGCGCAGGCCGAGGCCCGGCACUUGGUAUACGAGUCAGACAAAAACAAGGAUGAAAAACUAACUAAGGAGGAAAUAUUGGACAACUGGAACAUGUUUGUUGGAAGUCAAGCUACCAAUUACGGGGAAGAUCUUACAAAAAAUCACGAUGAGCUUUGAUAUACACUUAGCCUAAUGUGGUGACUGUCUGUCUUGGGUGGUUGCUGCAGUAAUCAAGUUUAUAGCAGUUGUGUUCCCCCAAAACAAGAUUAUACCUCAGAUUGGGGUAAAAGAAAUAUUUUUCACUCUGUAUUUACUGGAAAAUGGCCACUGCUAUUUUUUUCAGUAAGAUUUCUCUUGAAGCACAUUAAAAUCUUGGCAAAUUGCAAUUCUCUCUCUGGGGACACAUUGCUAUAAACUGACUCAGUUUUCUAGGGGUUUCCCCACUAAGUUUAAAGGAAUGGGAAAGAAAACUUGAAAGAGUUCUGUUCCUCAAGUUUGGUGGGUUGGGGGACAUUGUACAGAGUAACUGCUGUGUAUUUGCGCUGUCAGGUUUUUUUUGAAUAGUUGCCACUGUUAAACAGUUGGAGAAGGAAAAUUCUGAUGAAGUGAAUAUGGCGUGGUUUUAGAUAGGCUUAUUUUGGAGCAAGCAUAAGAUUUCCAAUUCUUUCUUUAUACUUUGAGCUGUUACUGUACGUGGUAUAUAAACUGUGCAUUUUUAUGUAUGGACCUGCUAAUGUGCACAAUAAACCCACAUCUUGGUUUUUUGUUUUUGUAAUAAGAAACAAUCAAGAAAGAUAAUGUGAACCAGAAAGCAGUUUUAGAGGCAGAGAAGAGACAAACAUCAGGUAUUUGAAAAACUGUAGGACCUGAAAUAUACUUGAGGAAUUUUUUGUCUGACUUUUGAAAUAGUGAAUAGAAAUACAGGCCUCUCUUCUGUGAUCCUGCACGGGAGCCAGACUGGGGAUUCAAGGGAAUCCAAACUUCGAUUCCCUGUCUGCUGAGUCCUGGACCGUUGGGCCUGCCCCUAGCGUGGCUUACACCAUGGAGUCAGGACAGGUGGUGUUCCAAGCCAUCGGCUGAACUAGCAGGAGCAACAGUUACAGGCUGAAAUUCCACCUUGUAAGUAGGAAGCAAAUGAAAUAAAAGAUACCCUUGAGGUUUUUCCAAUGUG